ACUUAUCGCUAAUUUUUACCUUUUAACUCCCUAUCCAUACUUAAAUUACACCUUUCCCAUCCCUUUUUAUUAUCAAUUUCUCCCCUUUAACCCUUUGUUAACACCUUUUAAUCCUUUCUUAUUUUUUAUGACACUUCCAAUUUUUCGCUUCUGAAUAAUUUUUACCACUUUUAAAUUGAGCUUUAUUUUUCAAAUUUUUUUAUAAUUCUUUCUUAUUUUUAAUCAUUUUGCAAUAAUUUAUUAUUUUUGACCAUUUUUUCAGAGUUUUCCAGUCAUUUCGAUUCAUGUCGUUUCCACAUGGAGUUACCUUCUUCUUGAUGAAUUAGUAUUAAACUUAUGAUUUAAUGUUAAACUUAUGAUUUGGUGUCAAAUUGAUGGGUUAGUGUCAAAGUUAGGAAAAGUGAUGAAUUAGUGUAAUGUGAUGAAUUGAGAUGUUUUUGUAUGAUAUAUUUUCGAAUUUCAUAAACUUUGUGCUGGUGCCGAUUUAUGAAGCCCUUUUGGCAAUGUUCAGAAGGGUGUCGUCCCUCCUAACCCUCACACCAACUCACUUAAUUGAAGAAUACGAGUCGAAAUAUGGCUCAAUACACCCUAAAAUAUUCCUCGGAAGUUUUGAAGAAGCUAGAAGAGUUUCAUUACAUUCCGGGAAGAUGAUUGUACUAUAUAUUCAUUCAGAAUUUAAUGAUCACGUUUGCCGUAAUCUUUUCACCAACCAACUCAUUAUCGAAGUCAUUGAUACGAAUUAUAUAUUUUAUAUGGAAUAUUAUAAGGGUGCGAGCAUGAGGAAGAUGAUGGAUUUGGUAAACUGUAUGACAGUACCCCAUCUUUCAGUACUUUCAUUCCAAGGUUUGAAUCGGUGUACAGUGGUAAACAGACUUGAGGGGAGUGUGGAACAUGAUGCACUUGUUUCGAUGCUUCUGGGCUCAGUGGAGUACCAGCCACCGCCAGAAAGAGCCGAGAGUUCUCGAGAAGUUAUCAGAGAACAGGAUGAAGAAUUCAGACGGGCAGUUGAAAUCGAUUCAGUGAAGUUCAAAGAACGAGAUAUAAAGAGGAGAGACGAGGCGCAGCGGAGAAGGACCCAGGAGCUAAUCAAAAGGCAGAAGAAAGAGGAAAGGGAAAAAAUUUUAGAGCACAGAAAAGAACUUGCAAAAGUGUAUACAAAUGUGUUUGACAAAUUUGAGCGUAAGGAAGUUAAGAUACGAGUCAGAUUACCAAAUGGGAAUAGAAUUGAGGGCGAAUUCGCCAAAAACGACAAGGUAGAAAAAAUCUACGAAUGGGUUGAAGCCUCCCAAUUCCUUGAAAAUAAAAACUAUAAAAUCCCCUAUAACUUCAACCUCUCUAUUCCUUACCCAUCAACCACACUCUCUGAUAGAAAUGUAACACUCGAAAAUGCCAAUCUGGUUCCCUCAUCCUCUCUACUUCUCACUUCACUAGAUGACACCUCCGACGAAGAUUAAAUCGCAAUUUUUCAAAUCAAUUUUUUACAUCCAUGUU